UUCAGGUCUCACCGUGAGGAGUAGCUGCGGUGAGAUGUUUGUACUCGCCUCGGCUCAGCGGCGUGUCUCUUUGUAUCUCUCUCUCUCUCUCUCCCUGUGGUUCCUGGUGAUAUUUACCUGAAAAGAGGAAUUCGUUGAACAGAUCGAAUAAAAAGCUACUGGUCACAGUUGGGAUUAGAAGAUGGCACAAGCUUUUUGACAGAAAAAGGAAAUAUGCUGCAGGAAAACUAGGCAUGGCUGCCCAUCGAAUUCGAGCAACGAAUAACAACAAUGCAAUACCUCGCUGCAAGUCUGAGGGAACACUCAUUGAACUGACUUCUGGAGUGUUAGAAGCCACCCUCUCUGACGUUAAAGUGCCCAGCCCUAGCACUUUACGACUGGAAGCUACUGCCUCAAUUGAAUCUGCUCGAGAAGUUAUUGCCAUUAAAGAUUACUGUCCAUCAAACUUCACCACCUUGAAGUUUUCUAAGGGGGACCAUCUUUAUGUUCUUGACACAUCUGGUGGAGAGUGGUGGUAUGCCCAUAAUAACACAGAGAUGGGUUACAUCCCAGCAGCCUACGUCAAGCCUGUCAAACAGCAAGAAUCUCUAUCCUGCGACAGUGGCAUGAUCGACAGCCUAGCAGACAUUUCUAAUGAUGGGUCCAAAGAGCAAGAGCAACGUGGAGAGUGGGACGAGCACGUAAAACCUAUGGUUUCGCAAAACGGAAACCCUUUCGUAAAAAAGCGGAUGUCCCUCAACCCAUUCCUUGAUGGCUCCUUGUUAACUGAUCAAAACAGUAUCCAGAGUUCCUCUCCAGACUCAAAAAACAACAGCAGUAUUAACAUCAACAAGUUUGGAAGUAAUAUUUUGGAUUCGUAUUGCUUAAACCCUGACACAGAGAAAGGUCCAGUACUCAGAAGGAACAAUCCGUUUUAUAGGAGCAAGCGUUGUUACAGUUUGUCCGAACUGUCCAUCUUGCAAUCGCAGGCAGAUGCACCUCCGGAAUUCUUGGGGUUUUUCGGAAGCUUGAAAGCACCUUCACCUGAACAGUUUCAGAGUAGAGAAGACUUCAAAAAUGCCUGGUUAAACCACCGCAAGUUUACAAGGUCCUGUCAUGACCUAGACUCCAUUGGGCAAAAUCCCGGAUGGGGUCAAACACAGCCAAUCGAGACCAACAUCGUGUGCAAACUCGACAGCUCAGGUGGUGCUGUUCAGCUACCCGACACUAGUAUCAGCAUCCUUGUGCCUGAGGGCCAUGUUGCACCAGAUGACACUCAGCAGAUAUCAUUAAAAGCCUUGCUGGACCCACCAUUGGAGCUUAACAAUGAUAAAUGUACUACAGUGAGUCCAGUUGUGGAGAUCAAACUUAGCAAUAUGGAAACAAAAACCACUUUAACAUUAGAGAUGAAAGUAUCCGUUGUUGUCAAGAUGGAGAGCCGACAAACGGCAGAAGUGAUCUGUGUCCGCAGCGACUGCAAGGACGGACCCUACGUUCCAGUUUCUAAUGUUUAUAUGUAUGGAGAUACAGUCCAGGUAACCUUGGACAAUUUAGAGCCAUGCAUGUAUGUAUCAGUGGUUGCUCAAGCCCAGGUUGUUGCCCCAUACAACACAGUCUGGGAGCAUGUUGUAAAGAAAGUUACACUUGGCGUAUAUGGUCCUAAGCACAUCCAUCCAUCAUUUAAGACAGUUGUUGCCAUGUUUGGCCAUGAUUGUGCUCCCAAAACAUUAUUAGUAAGUGAAGCUAAAAUGCAGUCCCACUGUAUUCCGCCAUUAUCCCUCCAGCUCUGGGGGAAACACCAGUUUGUACUUGCAAAGCCUCAAGAUCUUAAGGUUGGUGUGUAUUCUAACAUUUCAAAUUUCGAAGUGAAAAUUAGUGAGCAGACAAGAGUGGUGAGGAGUUUUCAGCUGAAACUUGGCAAAGUAUCACGCCUCAUCUAUUCCGUAUCUGCUCGAGAUCCAGACAACAUCUCAGACUUCACUUUGCGCAUUCAAGUUAAAGACGACAAGGAAUGCAUCCUCGCCCAGUUCUGUGUUCAGACACCACCCCCUCUGCCAAAGGUUGCAACGAGCACGGUGCAGAGGCGCUUUUUAAAGAAAAACGAGAAGCACAAAACCAUACUCUCACCUCUUCUAGGAGUCACAAAAUAUCCAGUGUUUCAGGACAGACCAGUCAAAAAUAUCAAGUUUGGAAAGUUGCUAAAGACUGUUCUUAGACAAACCAAGAGCCAGUAUUUGCUGGAGUAUGUGAAAGGCGACGUGGUGGCACUUUUGAGCGAAGAAAAAAUCAAACUCAAAGGGCAUCUUUGGACCAAGGAGUGGUAUGUUGGAUACUAUCAUGGCAAAAUUGGAUUGGUGCAUACCAAGAACAUUCUUAUAAUGGGAAAAGUCCAACCGGUUAAUUUCAAAGGGCCUGAGCUGACCUCUACUGUUCUUUUAGACCGAAUUCUAACCCCAUGCAAAUGUCUCACUUACAUGUAUUCUUCACUGAGGACUAUACUGAUGGAAAACAUCAAUAGCUGGAGAGCAUUUGCUGAUGCAUUAGGCUACGUCAACCUUCCUCUGGCCCACUUUUGUCGUACGGAGGCUAACAGUGAGCCCGAAAAAGUUGCCUGUGUUCUUGAGAAGCUGAAAGAAGACUGCGACACAUCUGAAGGAAAGCAAAGGAAGUCUUUCCAAAAGGAGCUCUUCAUGGCCCUGUUGAAACUGGACUGUCAGGGGCUGGUGGCUCGGCUCCUGAAGGACUUUGCACUUCUGACUGCAGCAGUGGAAGUGGCUGAGCGCUGGAGAGACCUCGCGGAAAAACUGGCCAAAGUGUCACGCAAACAGAUGGAAUCUUAUGAGGCUCCUUACCGAGGCACAGACGGUGUGAUAGAGAGCGAGGCCAUGUGGAAGCCAGCUUAUGAUUUCCUGGUAACGUGGGCAGCCCAGAUCGGUGACAGCUACAGAGACAUACUCCAAGAGCUUCACACCGGCCUUGACAGGAUGAAGAACCCCAUCACGAAACGCUGGAGGCACUUAACAGGAACACUCGUCCUCAUCAACUGCCUGGACCUGUUACGGACCACCGCCUUUAGCACCGCCCCCCAGGAUGACUGCGCCGUAUAGACAUACGAAAAGACACCUUGUUACAGUGCAAUAUAUGAUAGAUAUCAUGUUCCUAGCGGCAUAGUGGCCAUAAUUAUGGGGAUUAUCCAUUUCAAAAUAUUAAAUGAUUUUAAGCAUACUGUAGAAAUUCCUUUCAAAAUAUAAUAAUAUAGUGGCGUCUAUAAACGUAAAUUAGCAAGCUGCUAGGAUAAUAAGACUGUGCUGUUUUGUACAAUCAAGAACUAAAUCAAGUUCCAGUUGUUUGGAGACUGUUAACAUUUAAUGCAAGUCAAGUGGCCACUUCUGCACACUACAUACACACUUCAGAGUUAACAUGGGAAGUUAAUAUUGUAAUCAGUACUGAAAAGCAAGAAAACAAUGUGUUUUUAUUUUCCUUUUUUUCCUCUAGAGCUAAAUCACAUCAAAACUUUUCAUCUGUUAAUCUGCAAAAUCUGCUUAUUAAGAUGAUAAUGAACCACUGACACAUAUAAGACAGAACCUCACAGCUGAAGAUCUAAGAAUAUGAAGAUCUAAUAUCUAAACUGUGAUCAGAUGCAACACUAGGCAGAUCAGUGCAGAGUUUUUUCCAUAUCUUUGUCACCUCUGGGAUCUCCAGAGAUUAGAGCCGUUAUGAAGGCUCUACAGAGCAUCAGUAGCGGACAUAUCUCCAUAUCAACUGUUCAAACGAGAUUAUUGUGUAUUUCGGCCGCCUUCAGCAUUGUUUUACAAUGUAGAAAGAAAUAAACAUCAGGAAAGACCAUGGAAUUAGAAGAUGUGUCCAAACUUUUGACUGGUAGUGUAUGUGAAUGGGCGUGGCUGUGUGAUGCCCUGCUGCCCCAUACACACAGCAUACACUGAUCAGGCAUAACAUUCUGAGAACUGAAAGGUGACAUGAAUAACACUGAUGAUCUCCUCAUCAUGGCACCUGUUAGUGGGUGGGAUAUAUUAGACAGCAAGUGAACAUUUUGUCCUCAAAGUUGAUGUGAUAGAAGCAGGAAAAAUUGGCAAGUGUAAGGAUUUGAGCGAGUUUGACAAGGGCCAAAUUGUGAUGGCUAGACGACUGGAUCAGAGCAUCUCCAAAACUGCAGCUCUUGUGGGGUGUUCCCGGUCUGCAGUGGUCAGUAUCUAUCAAAAGUGGUCCAAGGAAGGAACAGUGGUGAACCGGUGACAGGGUCAUAGGCGAACAAGGCUCACUGAUGCACGUGGGGAGUGAAGGGCUGAUCCAAUAGACGAGCUACUGUUGCUCGAGUUGCUGAAGUAGGUAAUGUUGGUUCUGUUAUUUGGUAAUGUUAUGCCUGAUCAGUGUAUCUCAGCCUUACUACAUUUUGCCAAGCUUUGCUAGCAAGCUUGUUUCAGUAAACCUGAACAAUCAUCACACAUUCAGAUGUGUGAACAAAGAGAUCAGACUCCACAUACAGUAUGAUACAAUUCACAUGGCUUUAAUCCAACCUGCGAUUUCAGUUUCAACCCAAGCAAGAUGUUUACUCUCACGGUGCUCAUGAACAACAAAAAGCCAAACCACAUGUUAAGUAUUGAUAUUUUUUUACAUACUUGCUAUAAUACUUGCUGUAGAUUUAGAAUAGUUUGUAUAAAGCAUUUCAAACUCUCAUUUCAUGUGUUACUCUCAUUUCAUUCAAAUGACUGAAAGCAAAAAAAAACAAAUAUAAUGCUUGAAAAAUGUGCCAAAUACUGUGUUUUAUAUAAAUGUGAGUAUACCCACUGAAACUGAUUUGUAUAUGUGCAUUGAUUUUUAUCCAGAAGCGUUCAUACUGUCUAGAAAUGAUGUUUUAGUGAUAAGACAGCGUGUCUCUGCCUGUUAUAUUUAAGUGUAUCCACUUUUCUGACGUUUUAUGUUCACAUGUAAUAUACUACGCUCCAUAUUUCUUUGUGCUACUGAUGAGUUGAUAUUUUUCCAAAGCAUUUUAAUGUAAAUGAGUGUAAAUAUUGUGUCUGAAUCAGAAAAAAAGUGUACCUGUCUUUGCUGCAUGUUUUUAUUUUUGGUUGAUAUAAAAAGGAGACCAUUGUUUUGUAUCGUA